GGGCCGCCAUGGAAACUCGCCAUAGAAUCUCCAAAGGAGAUCCACCCCACGCGCACCAGCUCAUCAUUGUCGCCCGCGCGCUCCCUUCCAUUCUCAGUGACUUGAUCUAUUCCACUAUUUAAGCCCGCGCACCAGCGCAUAAUUUGCUCAUCAUCAGUCAUCACCACCACCGGCGGCGAGCUCGAUAUCUGCCUGCACGGACAGAGUUUAGCUAGUAAAACAUGGCGCGUCCCAGCUUGGAUCUUGGCCUGAGCCUUGGCUUGGGACUCGUCCCCCAGCCCCAGCCGAGCUUCUGGUACUCCGGCGGCAAUGUGGCGCCGGAAGUACAAGAAGUAGGUCCUCCUCCCGCGGCGGCGACAGAGGAGUACGGGACAUGUUCGGCAGGCAGCCCGGUAUCAAGCGGCAGUGGCAGCGGGAUGAAGCGCGGCGCUGAGAGGUCGGCCGGCAGCGGCGACGAGGAUCAGGAUGACGACGGCGGAAACGCGCGCAAGAAGCUCCGGCUGUCCAAGGACCAGGCCGCCGUCCUCGAGGAGUGCUUCAAGACGCACCAUACCCUCACUCCGAAGCAGAAACUGGCACUGGCCAACAGCCUCGGGCUGCGGCCGCGACAGGUAGAGGUGUGGUUCCAGAACCGCCGCGCCCGGACCAAGCUCAAGCAGACGGAGGUCGACUGCGAGUACAUGAAGCGGUGGUGCGAGCAGCUCGCUGAGCAGAAUCGCCGCCUCGAGAAGGAGGUGGCCGAGCUCAGGGCGCUCAAGGCGGCGCCGGUGCCGGCGCACGGAGGCGCGGCCGGGCCCCUGACAACUCUGACAAUGUGCCUCUCCUGCAAGCGCGUCGCGUCGACGUCCUCAUCGGCAUAUGCCGCGCCCAACGCGACAAACCUUUACACCGCCAUCGGCGCUACCAAUGCCGGGAUCGGCAUGGCACCACCGGUGGCGCUGCCCGGUCAUCGGCAACUCUUUUGUGGGUUCGGAGAAACCGGAGCCUUGUACGGAGGCUCGUCCGGGCAUGGGAAGGCGGUCAAGGCGGCCAGAUAGAAGAACGAGCCUUCUGUGCUCUGCCGCCAUGGCCAUGAGCAAAGCAACCUCGGUCAACGGCGGCAUUGUCACAUAUCACAAAUCAAAGCAAGUUUAUUAGAAAGCUUAAUCUUUUUUCUCUGUGCCUCCGAGGAAAAUGCAAGUAGUUUUGACAACUUAACUAGGAUCGUUCGAUCAAUGAGCUCCUGGCUGGAUCAAUGUAUGCAUGUGAAAAGUUGGUGAAAUAACAUGAGACACUAAUUUAUUCGAA